CCUUUCCUUUUCAUGUCUCCUCCUCCGUCUCUGUAAUCUUGAACCUCUGUUCUUGCUUUCUUUGUUGUCGUCACAGAUUCAUUCGGUUCCGGGUGGUCUUGCCUGACUCGACCACCCCAUCCUCUUUUAUCUAGGUGAAGAAGAACAUCCAUUUUCUUUCUCAAUUAUUCCCUCUCUUUUUUUCUCCUUCAAAGAAUUGGGGUUGGUGUGGAAUGCAUUGAAGAGAUCUGAGAAAUUUGUGGUGGUGGAGGUUGGGAGGGUGAGUGACUGAGAAAUGCAGGGAAAGAUGUACUCAGCUUCACGGCCUCCUAAGCUCUCCGACUCCAACAGAAGGAUUAUCGAGUCCGAUGGACCAACCCUUCGUGUUUACCAGGUCUGGAAAGGAAGCAAUAGAUUCUGCCUUGGAGGUAGACUCAUAUUUGGUCCAGAUUCCAGGUCAAUAUUCGUAACAGUGGCCCUUAUUGUGACUCCCGUGAUCCUAUUUUGUGCUUUUGUUUCUCAAAGACUCAUCAAUGAAUUCCAUCAUCGAAUGGUCAAUCUCAUUGUAGCAACUUGCAUUGUCUUCGCAUCAUAUGUUAUUUUUCUUCUCUUCCUUACAUCUGGAAGAGAUCCUGGUAUUAUCCCUCGUAAUCCACAUCCUCCAGAGCCAGAAGAUGAUGGCUCAAAUAUGUCUGCAGAUUGGCCGGGAAGUCAACUUGGAGCACCUAAUUUACCACUUACAAAAGAUGUUGUGGUUAAUGGGAUCGUUGUCAAGGUCAAAUAUUGCCAAACAUGCAUGUUGUAUCGCCCACCAAGAUGUUCUCAUUGCUCCAUAUGCAAUAAUUGUGUUGAUCGUUUUGAUCAUCAUUGUCCCUGGGUAGGGCAAUGUAUUGGGAAGAGGAAUUACAGAUUCUUUUUUAUGUUUGUGUCUUCCACAACCAUGCUCUGCCUUUAUGUUUUCGCCUUCUGCUGGGUAAGCAUCAAGGUUACAAUGAAUACUUAUCAUUGUAACCUCUGGAAGGCUUUUCUAAAGUCCCCAGUUUCCGGUGUUCUGAUCCUGUAUACAUUCAUCACUGCUUGGUUUGUUGGGGGUCUCACCGCGUUUCAUCUCUACUUGAUAUGCAGCAAUCAGACAACUUAUGAGAAUUUCCGCUAUCGGUACAAUGCAAAGAUGAAUCCUUACAACCUUGGCUGUCUUGGUAAUAUUAUGGAGGUUUUCUUCUCUAAAAUUCCCAGUUCCAAGAACAACUUCAGGGAAAAGGUCAAGGGGGACUCAUCUUCUGUCUUUGCCAAUUCAACGCCCUUGCGCCAUGCCCGGAGCCCAGAGAUGCCGAAAACAAGCUUUGACAUAGAGACGGGGAAGCGGCGGGCUGUAGCUGAUGAGGAUUUUGAAGAUAUUCAAAGUCAGAUUGAUAGUGUUGGUGGACUAGAGAGAUGUGGAACUGAACCACGGCGCACACACCGUGAUCACAAACCCAAUUGGGAAAUCACUCCUGACGUACGUAUGUUGGCUGCUGAGUUUGGGAUGCAACAUGGUUUCGAAGGCAGACAAAAAAUCAAUGGAGUACUUUAGAAUUCGAAGAUGUUAAAUUAUUUUAGGGGAAGGUUUUGUUGAGACCUUAGAGCUAAGAUUAAACUUCUUGAUCUGCCUGAUUGGAGCUGCUCACUGACGUUGCAGUGGAUUUGAAGUGCCCAUCUGAUUGUCCGUAAGUUCUCAUCUGAUUGUCCGUGCCUCAUUAAUCUCUAGAGAGAUAAUGUUCUGGUUUGGUUCUGAAUGAAGGGAUGCAUGUAAUCGAAACCGUUUGGGCUGAUACUCGGGGGUUAGUGUUGUGUUGCUGCUCUGUUUAUUUUCUGGUAAUAUGAUUUAGUGUUGAUUGUUCAAGUUAACUUGAUAAUGUUAGUAGUCCGAAGAGAAUCAAAGGCUGUUAUGUUGAGCUCGACCUAAA